CCACGGGACAUCGGGAAGCAGCAAAAAAACGGUCAAAAUCACAUCCUAUCAACUCGGCAUCGCGCCCUGAAAUCAGACACAGCGAGAAGAUCAGCCAGCCUGACAGCCGCAUCAGCCAUGGCGGCCGUUGCGGGGAGCCAGAGCAAACCGGAUUCCAACAGCCAGGUGCCCAAGUCAGCGGUGCUGCACCGAAAACUGGGCAUCGAGUUCCUGCGCGUCGCAAAGGCAAAGGGGCAGUAUCUGAUCCUCGACGAUGGUCGCAAGAUCCUGGACGCGUCCGGUGGAGCAGCCGUCACCUGUCUUGGCCACUGCGAUGACAGGGUAAACCAGGCCAUGAUAAAGCAGCUAAACGAGGUCGCAUAUUGCGCCACCAUCUUUUACACCACUACGCCUUUUGAGGAGCUCUGCCAGGUCUUGAUCGACUCGACCAAUGGCCACAUGGCAAGAGCCUACAUCGUGAACUCGGGAUCCGAGGCCAUGGAGGCAGCCAUGAAGAUGGCGCGGCAAUACUUUCUCGAGAAGAAGCCGGCGGAGCCCCAGCGGACAAAGUUCAUCUCGAGGGCCCAGUCCUAUCACGGGAUUACGCUGGGGUCCCUCUCGAUGGGUGGCCACAAGUACCGCCGGGAGAAAUUCGAGCCGAUGCUGCUGAGUAACAUCACGCAGGUGUCGCCCUGCUACGCGUACCGGGAGAAGAAGCAGGAUGAGACGGACGCCAUGUACGUGGAGCGGCUAGCUGCCGAGCUGGAUGCCGAGUUCCAAAGGCUCGGGCCCGAGACGGUCUGCGGGUUCGUGGCCGAGCCGGUGGUGGGAGCUGCACUAGGAUCCGUCCCUGCGGUAGCGGGAUACUUCAAAGCCAUGCAGGCCGUGUGCCGCAAGUACGGCGCGCUUUUGAUAAUGGACGAAGUCAUGUCGGGCAUGGGCCGCACCGGGACUCUCCAUGCGUGGGAGCAGGAGGGCGUCAAGCCAGACAUCCAGACUAUAGGAAAGGGUCUCGGCGGCGGUUACCAGGCAAUCGCAGGUGUCUUGAUGAGCCAGGGUGUGAUCGACGUUCUGGAACAAGGCACGGGCGUCUUCGUCCACGGCCACACCUACCAAGGACAUGCCGUUGGCUGCGCCGCCGCGCUCGAGGUCCAGCGCAUCAUCAAGGAGGACAAGCUGCUGGAGAAUGUUCGUAAGAUGGGUGACCAUCUGUCGCGCGGACUGCGCGAACGGGUUGGUGGCCACCCCAACGUGGGCGAUAUCAGGGGCAAGGGCCUCUUCUGGAGCCUGGAGCUGGUGGCCGACAAGGCAUCAAAAGCUCCAUUCCCCAUCACCGAUGGCGUGGCCAUGGAUAUUUGCACGCUUGGUCUGACAGCUGAGUACGGCGUCUCGCUGUACCCCGGCACUGGGGGCGUGGACGGUGUGAACGGGGACCACAUAAUGCUAGCACCGGCGUAUAUAAUCACUGAGGCAGAGGUGGCGGCGCUGGUCGACAUGGUCGGGAGGCUGGUGGAUGAUUAUUUCCGCGCAAAAGCGGCAUCGUCCUAGGCGGGGACAUUGACGAGCUGGCUUUGUAGUUCAAUAAUAGCAACAAAUGGAUGUCGGACGAACAGAGGAGCCUCCUCAUGCGAGAUGGGAUG